AUGCAGCGUUCUCUUUCCCUCCCGGGGCCUGCGCAUGCUUCCCCUCCCGCCUCUCCUACGAUCACGCAGGUCUCCUCGAGAAGUCCAACCCCAUCUCCGCUCGAUAACCACAUAGUUCCACCAAGACUACAUCGAUAUUCCUCUCGAAGUCCUAGCAGACCCCCAACUUCCUACAAAGAAACUUCAGACCGCGAUCGACAUCGAAGCCGCUCUCGUCAAGCAUCUCCUACUCCAGUUCACAGACGAUCAGAAAUCUCCCAACCUUCCCCACAACACAAAGCCGCUCCCGAAACGAUACCCGUUUCUUCUCCUGUCAAAGCUCCCCCGCGUCCCCUCCUCCAGGAUGUCUCACAAUAUUCAAAUCCCCAGAUUGCAGUAGUUACUGCAUCUGCGGCUGCCACAACUUUGGAAGAGCUUGCCCAUCUAGUCCGGUUGUCAACGUACCAGGAAAAGAAGAGAACCCAUUCCAGGGUACGACUCCAACGGUCUUUGGUUUCCACGGCCCUCUCCGCACGGCUGGCACGAUGUGGAGAAUUAUCGCAUCGCACUUUGGUUGACAAUUUCCGUGGUGACGAGAAGAAAGCUUUUGCUAAUCUCUAUAAUGCCAUUCAUGAUGUUAGAAAUUCGUGUGAUGCGACCAGGAGAUAUGCGCUUUUGGAGCCAGACUUGGAUGGAGUACGGCCCAAUGGUAAUGGCGACGAGACUCUUUCAACCUUUAUGCAUGAUAUUCCACGGCGUUCUCGAGAGACCCUUACCAGAUUUCUAACCCAGAUUAGAACCAACCCGGAUUAUUUGGCCAGUCGUUUAGCGAGUCUUUCUCAUUCAGAAUUGUCUGCGUUGACGAUAUUUCAUCAAGGAUUGGAACCAGUGGAAUCUGUUUUGCCAUUUCAUACCAGAUCCAAGAGCCAUCUUCCAAGUGCCCAUCGAAAUUCUCCACAAGCCCCUACAGCAGUUGAGCGAUUGCUUUCCUUUCAACGUCAUGAUCCGUUAUCUGCUUUGAUUCAUACGUGCUUUGCCAAUUCAGCAGGUCCAGAUUCUUUGGAAGAUCUCAGGAGAACCGAUGUUUGGGCGACGGCUUGCGCAAGACUGAUCAAUGAUAGCAAAUCUGGCUUGGAUCCUUUCGUUUGCAGCGUUCUCAAUGUUUGGACAGCCAUGCGUGAUUGGUCUGGUCGCAGUAACAUGGAAUGGUAUCUUAUGAAGAUCCUGGAAGAUGGAGCUUUUCUGUUGGAAAAAGCCGAGGACCAAGCUGGAACCCGGAUUCAUGUGGAGCCUCGAAAUGCGAAAGAUUCCAUUGCUGCUGAUGAGUUUUACGCUUCGGCUAUUCAAGGUCUUUUCGAGAUUGUUGAUGAUCCAGGAGCUGGUGGAAUUCCGGAAGGACUCCUCGAACUUGGAAAUGCGAUUCUUCGAAAGGUUGAUGAUCCAAAGAGGAAUGCGUCUACCAAGGUUUUCUUGGUGUCAAAAUGGCUCUUUUCGACAUUCUUACUUAAUGUUAUUGUCCAUCCUGAGGCAUAUGGUAUGAUGUCGGAAUAUCACAUCACAGAGUAUGGAAGGCAAAAAAUUCUCAAGGAAGUGGCCAUGCGCUCUUCCAAAUAUGUGGUAGAUCUUGUGUGGUCGAGAGCAUCUGCGCCCUUAUCAAUCAAAGGCCAUAUUGAGAAUAUCAUGUCACGGUUCCGUAGCCGACCAUCCAAAUCAAAGGCAAAACUCCUUCCAGCUCGAUCAAUCACCUCAUUACGGGAAACUUCAGAAGUACACCCUUAUCUUGUUCUUGGACCAUCGGAUCUGGUAACUAUGGUAAAUGCUCUUUUCCCAGAGAAACGUCCAGUUUCAAGCUCGUUAGCCAGGGACAUUCAUGGAUUACGUUCCUCCGCUUCUUCUGUUUCCGGUAUGUCUGUAAUGACAGCGUCCAUGCCAAUGCAUGCAUCUCGAUAUACCUUCGACAAUGCUUCCGUGAUAAGCAACAGUGCAUCUUCAGUCACGAGCGAUAUCACAACUUCACGUGAGCCAUUACUGGAUGAUGGAUCAAGUGCAACCCAGAGAUAUCCCAGUGGGACUCAUUACCACGGUCACAACCAACGGUUGAGUUACUAUGAAGAUGAUGGUUAUGAAUUACGAGUUGCCAUUGACGAGAUGUCUAAUGCUUUGGGCUUAGAAAAUAUAACCGGAACCUGUCAUCCGUGCGCCGAAAGGUGGGCGGUGCUGUUUAUCUCUCCUGAUGGCCAAAGUUUGUCGACUCAGAUGCUUCACGAUCCAGAUGAUGAAGCUGAAGAGGAAGAGUUUACCACAAGUAGCGACAGCGAGGAUGAUUCUUACAAUUCUCGGCCUGAUCUGGACAAAGAUUAUCAUCAGCUUCGAGACUCGAUACUGAAGUUGCUGGAGGAUUACGAAAUACCACAGUCUGUGCAUUCGAGAGAAGAAUCAAAAACUUUCAGCAAUCGAACUUCGACUUUGGAGAGUCCUCGAAAGAAACAACGCAGCAGACCUGGCUCCUCAGCCAAACCGCAAUCAAAGAAUCCAUAUCGAGCGCGCGAAAAUAGCACAGAUACAAAGGCAAUCGAUUCCAAGUUGACUCGGGUUCGUGGUGACUCGGAGAGUGGCAAACAGACUGAUGACGAGUCUCAACCAGUACUUGUGACGAUGCUUGAAGCUGCGGAAUCUCAAUGUCAAGCUCAAUCGGAUUUUGUCAAUGCUCACUUGUACUGGAAGACGCUGAAUCAACUUCAUCAGAUAUCUUCUCCUUCCCUGAGACGCGAUGGCUAUGCUUCUCUUCUGAACAUUUUCUCACGUGGACCAAGAGAUUCAAUUCGGCGGUCAGCGGGUGCUAUUGAGGAGUACGACGCAUGGCUUGUUUGGCUGAAGCAGUCUCAAGAAAGACAUGAUACCACGAUUGAGUCAAUGAUGAAGAGAUUGAAAGCACUUCGCGACAAGAUGUGGUAUGUCAAUGAUGUCAGAAAUUCGGCCGCGUACGAAACGGCACGAAAUAUCGCAGUGGCUCUGAAGUGUAUGGCAGCACCAAAGAAGGCAUCCUAUCUACCUCCAGCAAGUGCACGACCUCGCAAUAUUUCUAAAUCGUCCACGAACAAUUUUCUGCUAAAGACGGAAGCACAAGUGAUGGAUAUGAUGGCGGCUGCUGAAGAUCAAGGCGGUCCAAACAAACUUUCGGAUGAACAAUCCGAGAGGACAUUACGUUGGCUAUCACAAUUUGGGAUUGAAAACUUUUGCAAGGGAGAAGAACGUAUUCACCGUUUUUCCUUGGAGAUCGAAGCUUGCAUCAACAAAUUAGUUGGCGAUAAUCUUAUGGAUGGGCCUGUUCUAUGGUCUAGCGAAUUGUACUAUCGAGAUAAACGCAUUCUAGAUAGCGGAAGACAAAAGGGGGAUUUGUACAUAAAUGGAUUUGGAGCGCUGAAUAUUUCCGGCGAUGAUCUUACCGACCCCGACGCUGGACGACGGAGUCUCAGAAAUACCGACUUUAAUAGAUCAGGAAUACGGGAUCUUCGAGCAAUGUCAGCACGAAAUCAAUCUCAGCAAAGCUUUGACUCGGGUCGGUUUAGUAGUAUUACUCGAUUGAGCACGACUGGAGAUUUGAUGGACUCGCAAGAUUAUUUCGGCAUGUCUAGUCCUGUCUUGACAAUCGAUUCUGCAACUACGUUUUGGUCACCAUUUCAGACCAGAGCUCAGUCACCUACAACGAGUAUCAGCAGUCAUAGGCCUGGGACAGCCUCGUCUACGAAUGACACGGUUAUGAUGAAGGAGGAACGUGCAAGUGAAGCGAAGCAGAAGUUUUUGACAGAGCUGAAGCAAACUCUUACGAGCUUACUUCUUAGUGACUUGGGAAUGCUUGUUUUUGCUCGUGGUAGUGAGACCGAUUCAUGGUUUGCUGGCGAUCUUGGACAGGAUUGUAUGGAGAGACGUGAGCGUCAAGAGAGGAAAGCUCGUCGAAAGCACAAGAGACGGACGUUGGAGAAGAAGAAGAGUAUGAGAGAUUUGCGAGGAGCUCAGAAGAGUGAUUUGCCUGGUGAACGACCUGAUGCAUUUCUCGAAAGAGUUGAUAGGGCAUCUCCUAUUUCGACAAGAGCGUCAUCUGAUCGUGGAUCGGUUGAUUUUCAGACGGAGGGGUCUUCGACGAGUGAGACGGCUAUGCGGGUUUCUAGGAAAAUGGUGCCAAAGGAUUUGGACUCGCCUGAUUUCCCGUAUCGUCAAGCUUUUCAGCGAUUGUUGAGAAUGUUUUCGGUGCAUCCGAAUCCUUAUGCUAAGCUCAAUGCGCUGUAUGAGCUGGAGCAUCUCAUCAUUGCGUUUCUUACGCCGUCGGCACCGAGACGACCACGGAUACGACAGGAAACUUUGACUGCAGCUCCUCCAGCUGAAGUCCAACAUAUCAAUGCAUUUGGCCACAAUGAUAAUAGCACCGCGAUGCCGCGUGCUAAAAAUCUUGAGGAGGCUAUUGAUAAUUGCAAGGAGCGUCGAUCGCAUACUCUGAAUCUUCCUGAGCCGACUUCGCCUGUUCAUCGAACUACGGAUCGAAAUGCAAAUCCGGCAAGCACUGAUAUGAUUGUGGACGUUUUACAGGAUUUGUUUCGGGAUCCUGAUAUUCGACCAAAGACUCUUUUCCGAGAUUUGCAGUUUAUCGCCUCGUUUGUUCCUGCUGCCGUUUUGGAUAAGACUGAACGUGGUAAAGCUUUUUGGGAUGCUGGGCUUGCCGCGCUGGGUUUGAAGCAGGAUGUCUGCCAGACGCUGAUUCAGAUUGCGGAUGAAAUCAUCGUUCAUGACAGCCAGACGCGAAAGACAACAACCUCCCCGGAAUUACUCCAACCAGCCUCAUCCGGCGAGCAUAUGAAAUAUAGCAUGCAAGACGCCGGUAAGAUGUGGACCAUCACCGCCAAAGAAGGUGAUCCAGUAGCUGAGAGGGAGCUUGCAAUUUUCUACCUCACUCAUCCAGAGUUGGUCGAGCGAGUCACUGCGCCGUUGAGUAAACCCCGCGAGACGUUCAAGGCGCAGGUCAUGGAGAUGCAUGGGGGGAGUAGUGCGGGUAAGGAGGACCGGGAUAGAGAGAGAAGCGAUCCGGCGACGAUGUGUGUCGCGUAUCAUUGGAUGGAGUUGAGUGCGUUGGGUGGGGAUGGGCUCGCGAAGACGUAUUUGAGGCAGAGGGAGGAGUUGAAUGCUAUUCCGUAG